AUGCCAAGCUUUGAGCCAUAUUUUCAUGAAUUAUAUGGAAAGCCGGUUUCUUCUCAAGGGCUGGAACGCUCCGCCCUUCUUAAGUCCAACGUCAACGGCCUCCACCUCAUCCGGGCAUGCCUCACUCUCUCCGACGCCAAAGGUGACCUCUUCGACUUCAGCACCCACGGCGACUUCCGCUAUGAAUGGGAUUUCAACCUCCGGGACUUCGACAUACAUCCGGAGUCUACAAAUUUCCUGGCCUCCGAUGGCUUCAACUUCGACCUUCUCCAUAUCCAUGGGAUCGACUCCGGCCACUUCGCCCAGCAGCUGCUAUCAUCCGGCUUCGUUCAAAGUGUCUCCAACAUUGACUGUAUCACCUUCACCGGUGCCUAUGACUUCGGAUACUGA